AUGAACGAUUCAACUUCUAGCACAGGGUCACAAUUCCCAGUGAUUAUCUCGCCGAAUCUGCAAACCCCUCCAACCGACAAUGUCGAGUACGAUAAGCCACGCCCGCUUUGCCAGGAAGUAGUGUGUAACGGCGAUGCCACGGCUAUGUCUGAUGACAUUGGAAUUGCCAGUAGCCCUAGUGACCCUCUGAUUGCUAUCACAGGAAUGGCUAUGCGACUUCCCGGGGGUAUUGGAACUGCAGAAGAAUUUUGGAACCUGUUGAUUGACAGGAAAGACGGCCAUGGCGAGGUACCAAGCUCACGAUACAACAUAAGCGCAUACCAGAGCCAGUCAAAACCCCAUGCGGUCCGGGCCGAAAGUGGUUAUUUCCUACAUGAUGAUAUAGCGAGAUUUGAUACGGGCUUCUUUGAUGUACGACCACGACUUGCUGCCUCACUGGAUCCUCAACAAAGGCUUCUGGCCGAGGUGGUGUGGGAGUGCCUCGAGAACGCCGGGGAGGCAAACAUUGCCGGCAAAAGGAUUGGAUGUUUUGUUGGAGUUUUUGGGAACGAUUGGCAGGAGCUUGCACUCCGAGACCAGCAGGACUUUGAUCGGAAUCUCGUGGGCUGUACUCAUGACUUUGUCCUGGCAAACCAAAUCUCACAGUUAUUCGACUUGAUGGGCCCUAGUCUCACGAUCAGAACUGCUUGCUCGUCUUCAAUGACCGCAUUACACAUGGCCUGUGAGGCCAUCAAAGCAGGCGAGUGCGAUUCUGCGGUCGUUGCUGGCACAAAUUUGAUAUUGACACCCACCACCUCUACAACGAUGUCCGACUACAAGGCCCUAUCACCAAGCGGGAUAUGCAAGACAUUUGAUGCAGAUGCAGAUGGCUAUGGGAGAGGUGAAGCCAUCAACGCCGUUUUUAUCAAGAAUUUGGAUGACGCAUUACAAAGAAGCGAUCCGGUUCGAGCUGUGAUCCGAGCCACUGCGAUCAACUCGGAUGGCAAGGUAGCCAUGACCGGAGAACCUCGCGCAGAAGGACAGGAACAAGUCAUCAGAUCUGCCUACCGAAAAGCUGGUAUAGAUGAUUUCUCGGAAACCGGGUUUUUUGAAUGCCACGGAACAGGAACCCAGAAGGGCGAUGUGAUCGAGACUUCAGUUGUUGCAAGUGUCUUCACAGAUGGCAUCAUCAUGGGAUCGGUCAAGCCAAAUCUUGGUCAUUCAGAGGGUGCUUCUGGUCUCACAAGUCUAAUCAAGGCCGUGCUUUCCCUUGAGCACCGAAUGAUUCCGCCCAACAUUCAUUUCCACCAUCCUAACCCAAAAAUUCUUUUUGAAACUUCGAAGCUACGAGUUCCUAUCGAGCCAAUUGCCUGGCCUGUCGACAAAUCAGAACGAGUCAGCAUCAAUUGCUUCGGAGUGGGUGGCUCCAAUGCUCAUGCAAUCCUUGAGUCGGCAAGAUCUUUCACGGAAACCAAACCCGAAACGAAUUACUCUCGCCGGAGUGGGCAGCAUCAGCUCUUUGCGAUCUCGGCCAAAUCAGAAGAAUCCUUGAGUCGUCGUAAAACGCAAAUUCUUCAAUAUCUAGAGAGCCAUCCAGAAUCAAUGCCGGACCUGGCUCAUACACUUGGACAACGAAGGGAAUUUUUGCGCAAUCGGGGCUUCAUGAUCACCGAUGGUACAUCUGUGACACACGGAGGCACUCGAAAUUUAUUUCAAGCACCAAAGAUCGAAGCUGUGACUUUAUUAUUCUCCGGUCAGGGAGCUCAGUGGUCAGGAAUGGGCAGAGGUUUGAUCAAACACAGUGAAUCUUUCCGGAGUGACAUGAGGAAGAUGGACAGCGUCUUGCAGUCACUCAAAGACGCUCCCCGCUGGAGAAUUGAAGAUGUACUGUCUCAGCCGGAUUGUCCUGAUCUCGAUGAUGCUCAGGUUGCUCAGCCAUUAUGUACAGCACUUCAGAUUGGGUUGGUCAACAUGAUCAGGGACUGGGGAAUUCAACCAGAAUCAGUGGCCGGCCAUUCUAGCGGAGAAAUUGCCGCAGCAUAUGCAGCAGGCGCAAUUUCAAUGGAUGUGGCUAUCAUGCUCAGCUAUUAUCGUGGUCAAGUGACGAAGAUGCAGACAAGCCCAGGAAUGAUGGCCUCUGUCAGCCUGGGCAAACUUGAUGUUGAUCCAUAUCUUGCAAAAGGCGUUGUCGUGGCUUGCGAAAAUAGCCCUCGAAGUGUGACUCUCUCUGGUAUACGAGAUGUGUUGUGUCAGAUCCUCGACCGCAUAUCCUCUGAUCAUCCAGACGUUAUCUGCAAGUCUCUGCCACUUAACGUUGCGUACCACUCAGAAUUGAUUACGGAAGCCGCAACCCAAUAUUUGCAACUCAUUGAGCCUCAUGUCAGCUCGAAUGCUUCCAUGAUCCCAAUGUUCUCCUGCAUUUCUGGGAAACAAAUAUCUUCACCCGCAGAUCUCGAUGCUGCGUACUGGCGUCGUACGAUGGAUUCACCGGUCAACUUUAACGAAUCUAUCAGCAAGCUUAUUGAAGAUAGUGACAGAACCAGGUUGUUCGUUGAAGUCGGCCCACAGUCCGUUCUGCUUAGCCCUAUAAAGCAGAUCCACGAAGCUUCCAAGGCUCAGUCAAAGAUGGUGUAUGUUCCCACUCUGAUGAAAGAUCAGAACUCGAUGGAGUGUGCUCUACGGACGGCAGGAGAGCUAUACCUGCAUGGUGUCACGUUGGAUAUGACAGCUAUAAACGGUAAUGGCAAAGUUCUGACCGAUUUGCCCCCCUACCCAUGGCAGCAUGAGAAGCGACUUUGGUAUGAGUCCCGCAUUGCUCGCAAUUGGAGAACAUCCAAGUUUGCACAUAAUGAGCUCUUAGGACACCGUUCUCCUGAGUCAUCAGAUCUUGAGCCCUUUUGGAGAAACAGGUUGCAGCUCAAAUGCGUUCCUUGGCUUCUUGACCACAAAGUCAACUCCGAUAUCGUGUACCCUUGCGUCGGGUAUAUUUCAAUGAUAGGCGAAGCAAUUCGUCAAAUGACUGGAUCAAAAUGCUUCGCGAUCAAGCGGCUCUUCAUAAGUGCCCCCAUGGUAUUGUAUGAAAAUGUCACGACGGAGAUCAUCACAAAUUUACGCCCUGCAAGAUUGACAGACAGCGUCAAAUCAAGCUGGUAUGACUUCACUGUUUCUGCGUAUGAUGGUACGCAAUGGUCAACACAUUGUAAUGGGCAAGUCAGAGGAGAGAACGAAGAUAAUCUGUGUGCCUUGAAUUCUAGUUCUCAAGCCUUUGUACGUCAAGUCGAUACCGAUGUGUGGUACGAAACAACGCGAAAGGCGGGCCUGGACUUCGGACCUAGUUUCCGCAAGCUCACAGCAAUCACUGCUGAUCCCAUCGGCUACUACGCUUCUGCUACUGUUACUCAAAACGAACCGAAAGAACAAACCGAUCGAGAUGGCAUCGACCCUGUGGUCAUUGAUCAAGGUCUGCAGCUUCUUGGGAUUGCUGCAUGCAAUGGACUUUCGCGGCGCAUGUCUAAGCUCGGUGUUCCCAUGUCAAUUGAUUAUCUCUAUAUCUCAGAUGCGCACAAAAUCACAGAAUCCGAAACUGGGAUUGCCCUUCGAGCUGAAUUCCCAGCCUGUGAAAAUGGCACAUUGAAAACUUCACUGGGAGGGUGUGUGUCGGGAAAUUUGGACGAAAAUCUUUCAUUCAAUCUCAAAGGAGUCAAGUUCUUCCCAUUACGCCAACCCAGGGUGUCUACGGAGAUCCCAUUGGCAACAAGACUCGAGUGGAAGCCAGACAUCGAUUUCUUGCCAGCCAAAGCAUAUCUGUUCAAGUCUAUGCCACCUAACCCUUCCAUGGCAUUGCUCACAAAGCUCUCGGUGAUUGCUGUCAUUGAGCUUUUUGACCAGAUGGGCUUAAGGCCGUCGAGCUUUUCUUCUGUCACAGAAUACCGAGACUGGACAACUUCCAACCUUGGCCGGCUUCAUGAUAUCCUACAGUCGUACUUCCCAGAUGCCUUCGAUUUGAACCAAGACCCAACAUCUCUCCAGUCCAUGCUGAUAAAAGACGUAUCUGCAGUAGUCGAAUCUACCGAGCCUUGGGCUCAGCCUGUUCGUGACUAUGUCACAAGGAUACUGGAUGCGAUCGACGACCAAGUUCCAAUUUCGGAUCUUUUGAUGGACAAUGGGGGCUUCAGAUCCCUGUGGGAUUUCGCAGCUAUCAAUGUGAAUUAUGCGCAGAUGUUGCGUUUGCUCGGACAUUCCAAUCCAUCGUUGGCGGUCCUCGAGGUAAACCCCAGUACUUGCGGCACCACUUCGGCUGCACUGGUCAUUUUACAAUCGGUCGAUGGAGUCCGAUUAUACUCAAAAUAUACCAUGGCUUCAGACUCCACUGACAUUAGAACAGAGGCUUUGGACAGAUUCGGUGAAACAGAAGGAUUUUCGUCUGUUGCUCUGAGCCCCAAAGUCGCCAUCGGGGCACAUGACUUUGCCUCCAAGUCCUAUGAUUUGAUUAUCCUUCCACAUGACCUCCCAUCGUUCUAUGAAGUAAAGCCUUUCUUAGCCGAGAUGAAGACUUUACUUGCACCCGGUGGUCGCAUUUUGAUUCGCCAGUUGAACCCGCCUGUUCCAUUCAUAGACUUUAUGAUGAGCAUGAUCCCGGCUCCAUUAUCCAUUCCCAGCGAGCUGCAGUUGCAGAACCCUUUCUCUCCAGGGUUCUGGACAAUGGAACUAAAUGAGGCGGGGUUUCUCCCACCAGAGUUCUCCUCUUUCGAUCUAAACAUCUACCCUUGGACACUUGAACACGCGAUAAUCUCCAAGGCCCCCCACCCAGAAGCCGAAAAGCAUAAUAUUUUCCUUCUUGGUCCAGCACAGAGUCAUCCAUGGAUCGAGACUGUGAGACACCACUUGAUUGAACGAGGAUACAAUGUCGUUGAUGCCACACUUGAAGAGCUUCCAUCCGGCGAAGGAGACAUCAUCUCUGUGCUGGACAUACCGACACCGACCUUGAGCAAUUUCUCGCAAGAAAAUCACGAUGCAGUGAUAAGGCUUUGUUUGCAAGGAAGGCGAACAAUCUGGGCUACCAAAGCUUCGCAGAUGAGAUGUGACAAUCCGUCGUUUGGACUAAUAAAUGGAUUCGCAAGAACUAUUCGGCAAGAAACUAUGUCAGAGUUUGGCACCAUUGAAAUCGAUAAUUUCGAUCAACAUGCUGCAGGAGCUUUAGUUCAAGUAUACGAGAAAUUCUGUCGACAGUCGCUAGCCCCCAGUUGGGCACCAGAAUGUGAAUUUGCCUUGCUCGACAAAGUUGUUCAUAUCGGCCGGUUUCACUGGGCACCGCUCGAGAAUCUUUCUCCACCUGUCCCACAGGACUGUCACAUAGCCCUAGAGGCUGGUGCGCCGGGCAUUGGGAACUUGCUGACAUGGAAAGAGCAGCCCGAUCUUUCACUGAGCGAGCACGAUGUGGAAGUGGAUAUGAGUCACGUCGCGAUCAAUUUUAGGGACAUCAUGGUGGCGAUGGGUAUCAUUGAUGGAGAGCAUGGCUUGGGUCUAGAAGGAAGUGGAAUCAUUCACCGCAUUGGAUCUGCUAUUACACAUUUACGACCAGGCCAACGAGUUAGUAUUCUCGGUACAAGACUUCUCGCCACUCGAGUUGUUGUUUCCAGUGAAGCCUGCUUCCCUCUACCAGAUGAAAUGUCUCUGGAGGAUGCGGCUACGAUCCGAGUUGCGUAUCAAACUGCCAUAUACUCACUCCUUACAGUAGGGCAACUGGAGCUCGGACAGUCUGUUCUGAUUCAUUCGGCAUGUGGUGCAGUUGGCCAAGCGGCGAUUCAUAUUGCACAGACCAAGAAGGCCAAGAUAUAUGCCACGGUUGGCACAGAACGGAAGGUUCAAUAUCUCCAGGAAACAUUUGAUAUUCCCCGAGAAAACAUUUUCGACUCUCGUAAUGCCUCAUUUGUUGAUGGAAUCAGAGCUGCAACAGGUGGACAGGGCGUUGACAUUGUGCUCAACUCCUUAUCUGAGAGUUUGCUACAUGCUUCUUGGAGCUGCGUCGCUAGGUUUGGAAAAAUGAUUGAGCUUGGGAAACGCGACUUCAUGGGCCACGGAAUGUUGGAUAUGGAGACUUUUGGAGCGAAUCGAUCAUUCAUUGGUGUCGAUGUGCUACAACUUGGGUUGGAGAGCCCGAGCCGAAGCCGAAGAUUGACUGAGCUGUUUGCCCGGCUUUAUCAGAGGGGCAAAGUCAAACCAAUCCAGCCAAUUAAGUUAUUCACCUUAGCGGAGAUUCCGGAAGCCCUUGCAUAUAUGCAACGCGGAACACACAUUGGGAAGAUUUUGAUCAGAAUGACCGAUGAUACGACCGCACUGAGCUUGAGUAAGAAGAUAAAUAUUGCUCCUCUAACUACCUUCAAGCCCGAAGCUGCGUACCUGCUGGUGGGAGGCCUCGGAGGAAUUGGUCGGGCUGUGUCGAAUUGGAUGGUUGAAAACGGUGCCAGGCAUCUCAUUUACCUCUCACGAUCUGGGAGAUCACAAAGCAACAAUGCAUUCCUUGAAGAGCUUCAGGUACAGGGCUGUCAGCCAGUGAUAGUCAAUGGGAGCGUGUCAAAUAUUGGAGACGUGGAACGAGCAAUUGCUGCCAGCCCCAAACCUAUUUCUGGAGUCAUCAAUCUGGGCAUGGUGCAAAGGCCGUCAGCUCUCUCCGAGUCUACCUAUGAAGAUUGGUCUGAUGUUCAGGAUCCAAAAGUGAAAGGAUCUUGGAAUUUACAUCAGGCAUUUAGUCUGGCAGCACUUGACUUUUUCGUUGUUUUGAGCUCAAUCACAUCUCUAUGCGGCAGCAUCGGACAAGCGAGCUAUGCGUCUGCAAACUCCUACCUCGACGCACUGAUAAAGUACCGUCGGUCUCUGGGGCUUCCUGGCGCAACCCUCAACCUGGGCGGGGUUGGAGACAUUGGCUGCUUUGCACGAGAGCCAGAAUGGAUGACAGCAGCUAACUUAUGGGAGCUAAAUCUUCUGAACGAGGAGCAGGUCAUUCAGUCAGUGGAAGCAGCCAUCCGCCUAUCUCAGACCACAUACGGCUUGCAUGGUGUCGCUGCAACUGGUCAAGUCAUCACAGGAAUGAGUACGACCCGCACGCACACAGAUCCUGCUGCUCGCAUCCCAUGGAGAGAUGCGCGAUAUCGUCUCUAUGCUAAUAUCGGAGAGACAAAGAAGGAUGUACGUCAGGAACGAAUUGCUGAUAAGCUCAAGGGCUUCCUCCAAAAGGCUCAGCAGACCCCGGAUCUUUUGAAGGAGCCAGAAGGAUGGAAUUUGAUUGUUGAGUACAUGGGACUUCAUAUGAAUGAGAAGGCGGGGACGGAUGCAGAGCGGGCGCAGUUUGCCACAGUGUCCAUCGAUUCCAUUCUACUAAUUGAGACUGUCGGCCAACUGCGUCGGAGUCUGGGCCUUGACUUAACUUUAGCAAGCCUUGCUGGCGCAACUACUGUGGGUGAUUUGGGCCGAACUAUUCUGGAGCGGUUCUACGAGAAACUGACCACGGACAAAAAUUGA